UUAUAUUAUAUUAUAUUAUAUUAUAUUAUAUUAUAUUAUAUUAUAUUAUAUUAUAUUAUAUUAUAUUAUAUUAUAGCCUGUUCAUUUGUGUAAGCUGUGUACUGUCACAUUUUUCUGGUAAAUCAGAAGACAAGUGGUCAUAUUAAAUAGAGUACUGUGCGAAAGUCUACUAGGCCACUAGUAUUUUCACAAAGAAAACAAAAAAAGGCAUUUAUUUGUAUGUUUUGCUGUAGUGUGUCAGUAGGAAAUAUCAGCCAGUGCUCCACACAGAGAUCUGAUCUCGUCAUCAUAAGUUUGUCUGGAAUAACAUGAAGAAACAGAACAAACUGAGACAGACUCAAUCCUGAAGAACUGUGGCAAUGUCUCCAAAACGCUUCAAGAAACCUGCAAAGUACUGUGCAAAGUUUUAGGCACUUGUGUAAAAAUGCUGUAAAGUGACGAUGCCUUCAAAAAUAAUGCCAUAAGUAGAUUUGAUUAAUUAAUUUCUAUUAACUUAACUAAAUUAAACCAACAUUUGGUGUGACCACACUGCGUUAAAAAAGCUUUUAGGUGCACUUGAACAUUGUUUUUCACAUAGCUUUGCAGGCAGGUUUCUUGAAGCGUUUUGGAGACAUUUCCACAGUUCUUCUGGAUUGAGUCUGUCUCAGUUUGUUCUGUUUCUUCAUGUUGUUCCAGACAGACUGAUGAUGACGAGAUCAGAUCUAAGUGUGGAGCAAUGGCUGCUGUCAGACUCCAAAACAAUUGCAGGUGAAAAUACUACUGGCCUAAUACUUUUGCUUUUGCUCAUACUGUACAUAUGAAACACAUGUAAGUAAAUGGAAGGUGUCUUGCCUGACCACUUGUGAACAGAUCACCUAAACAGGCUUUUUUUUUUUGCAGGCAUUAGGAAGCUGCAAUCCAUAAAGAGACUGUGAUGCCUAAAUUUACCAGAUUUGCUGAUUUAUACAUAAUGCUUAUUGACCAAACUAGAUUCAUGAUUAGAUUUGAAUCUGUGCUGUCAGGAUUCCACAGAAAGUUCAGCUACAGUCCUUUUGUGUGGGUUUAUGUUUUUUUAAUAUUUGGUAAUGCUUUUCACUUCUACCGUAAAGCAGUAGGCCCAUCACAUUCAGUGAAAGACUUUCCACAGAUUUGGAAAACAAGCAAUCUUUGAAUGGAGGGCUAUUUGAGUCUGUGUGGCCAGAGAAGUGUUCCUGUAAACCGGAUAGCUCCAAACAUCACGACAGACAAGACUGUAUUUACCUUUUAAACCACUGACCAGAAGAGCACUGGGUCAAAUGACUCUGUCAAUAGAACUUGUAACCUGUGUGACAGUUUCUUUCGUGACAUUUGUGUUCAUCAGAAAAGAUCAAAGUCUUUAGCCCAGUGAUUUUUACAUUUUAUUAAUUUAUUAUUAUUAUUAUUAAGACCUCUCCACACAGUGAUCAGUGUACAAUGUUUGUAUUUAAUAUUACAAUACCAUUUGAUUGAGAAAACCGAGUCAUAUGAAUAAAAGUAGCCUACAGUAGCGUGAUAGAAUUUAAAGUUUAUCCAAAGUGUCAUAUAUAAAGUUCCAAAGUAAUCUAUGCAGGAUUUUUUUUAUGCUCUAAUAUUUAUUCAGAUUUCCUACCUGAAAUCUCCCAUAGUUCAUUGCAAGAACAGAAGCCCAUAGUUCAAAAUGGUCUUUUUCAAUUGCACCAGCAGAUGUCACACUCCACACACCACACACCACUCCAGCCAUACAGCUCUCAAAACUGCCUAAACAAUCCAUUACAAAUAUUCCUCAGAGUUUUGCAUAGGUGUGUUUUAAAGAGCUGUAAUUCAAAUGGACUUAAAUCCUAAAUGUUUAGAACACAUUCACAACUUUUUUUUAAUCAAUUCACAAUUACAUUUAAACACUUGAAACAACUGUGUGUAAUUUCAAAAAUAUUUAAUAUUAAGUAAAACUUUAAAUAUGAAUGCCAUUUAAUAUAAUUCUAUAUUAAACUAAAAUAUUAGAAUGACUUCAUAAUGUGCUGCUGAAAAUUCAGCUUUGAUAUCACAGGAAAAAAAGUACAUUUGAAAUGAUAUAUUUAAACAGAAAAAAAGUUAUUUUAAAUUGUAUUAUUAUUUCACAAUAUUGCUGUUUUUACUGUAUUUUUAGAUACUUCUCAAAAACAUUAAAGAAAUGUUUGACCCAUAAUUUUAAAUCAUGAUAUAUGAUAUUGGCAUAUUUGUUGUUGUUAAAUUAUUGUGACGCUUUAUGGUUUUCAAACUUUAGUGGGAAGCCAUAAGGUGUCAUAAAUCAUUGCAACACCAGAAAACUUUAUUUGUUUCUUUUGAUUUAGCAUCAUUUGUUUGUAGAUGCCACAUGGUUUGGUAUUUUAUAUCUAAAUAUAUCCAAUACAUUCAUGUGCAACUAAAAAAUCCUUUUAGGGGCCACUCUAUACGUUGAGUGAAAUGUUAAAUGAAAUUGCAUGGCCAGCAAACAUGAUUUUUGUUAUGGAUCAAGUUGUCCCAUAUCCCAUCUGAAAACUGAUCAAACACAACAACCAGUUUUCUGUAAGUCAUUCCUCUCUGCUGUGACAGUGUGAGUGAAGUCAUUUGAUCCAGCUGCAGGACACUGGCCAUUUCAUUUAUUAGGGACAACAGUAUGACUGUGAGGUUAAAUGGCCUCUAUUGUUCUGUUGUGCUCUCCACUCACCCACACACACACACACACACACACAGCUGAUGCGACUCUAUCACUACAUGCAUGGUGCGUUUUGCUGGAUCGUGGAAUACAGGGAGGGAGAUGGACAAAAAAAGUUGAAGUGAAAGAUUCAGUCAUCAUUCCUUGUUAUAACACUCCCACAGAUCCAUUCAUCGUCAGCCAAUCGGUGUUCAGCUAACAGGUACUGUGACAGAUACCACACCUAUGACAGGCACCAGCACGUGGAGGAAGAGACGAGAAGGUGGAGAAUACAUUCUAAGAGUACUGGUGUAAGGAAGACGGUCACCAAUUACAAGGAGAACAAGAAAAGCAGGGACUGGUUCAAGAAUUUGAAGGCAAUUCAUGUGGAUGCUUUCGGAAAGGGCACAGAAACUUUAGAUCUGCAAGGAAACAACAAGGACUCGCUGUCUGAGAAGAGGAGAGACGCAGAAUAAAGAGUCUGGAGGAUGGACACAUGGCUGAAUGUAGUCCAGAAGCUUCCGGCCCUGUAUGUCUUGUGCUGUUCUGUAAUCUUCAGGAUCCUUCACAGGUUCCUGCAGACUGUGCCCAGACCCGGGACGGUGAAAGCGGACCCCUGGAGGACGUGGAAAUGGAGAAACCUCUCAGUCUCACUCGUCCACUCACUGCUGACUGGCAUAUGGGCCGUCGCCUGCGUCAUACAGCAUCCUGUGAUGGUGCAUGAAAUCCACUCCACCUACACCCCAUCAGCAUACAUGCUAGUCGUCGUCUCAUCUGGAUACUUCAUUCAGGAUGCUGCUGACAUUAUCUUUAGUGGGUAUGCCAAAGCAUCUUGGGAGUUUUUACUUCACCAUGUUAUGGUGAUCUGGUGUUUCCUGUAUGCUGUGUUCACUCAUCAGUAUGUGGCAGGCGCAGUGGUGGCUUUGUUUGUGGAGGUGAACAGUGUGUUCCUACACACUCGUUUAUUGCUCAAACUGGCUAAGGUGGCCCAGAACUCUUUCAUCUACACCGUCAACAAACUGCUCAAUGUGGUGACCUACGUGACCUUCCGGCUCGGAGCACAGUUUUACCUCACCUGGUACCUCAUACACCACUACUCGACGUUGGAUCAUGCCCUCUACUUCCUGAUAACCAUGAUGCUCAUGAACAUCAUGAUUCUCAUCUAUUUCUACCGCCUCCUCCGAACCGACUUCUUCAGCAAGGGGCGUUCUCGCAGUAGUGCUCGUAAAUUUGCUGAGGACUAAACCAUCAGAGGCUGAUGUCACUCGGUCCUAAACCAAAGACUGCAUUCAAGUGACUGUUAACACAACGUUUAUCUAGAAAAUGCCUGUACAGAAUGAGCAAACCUCACCUGAGAGAGUCUGAUGUGAAUCAGAGACAUUUUAAAAAGUUUUCACUUAUUAGAAUAAAUCUUCAACUCUUCCAAAAUUUUUUACAAGGGUUAAGCCAGUCAUUUAAGGAUCUGUUAGCACAGAUGGGUUUUACACUGCAAUAAGUGAUUUUCAUGGGAAGUGUCUAUGUUCCAGUUCAAAUAUCAAGACAUUUUUACAUUAAGAAACAUUUACUUAAGCAAAAACAUGACCUUACUUUAAAAUGAAAAUGUACAAAGAUUUACUCACCUUUUGGUUAUCCAGGAUGUAGAUACAUUUGUUCCUUCAUUGGAACAUAUUUGGAGAAAUGUAGCAUUACCUUUCAUUCAUGAAUCCUCUUCAGUGAAUGGGUGCCAACAGACAGCAGAAUAAGAGUUUUCAGCUGAUAAAAACAUCAGAAUAUUCUGCCAGUAAUCCAUACGACUCCAAUCUAUUAAUUAAUGUCUUGUGAAGCAAAAAGGCUGCGUUUGUAAGAAACAUCCAUCAAGGCAUUUUAAACUGUUCCUUCUGCCCAAAAUACAAGCCCUCUAUCCAUAAUAAUGCUUCCUCCAAAUAAAAAGACAUUCUCAUUGUCCUCUCACAUCAAAAUCCACUGACAAAUUUGUUUAGAACAGUUUUGGAUUGUUUUCACAAUUGUUGAUCUGUGCAUAUUUCGCUCCUGAUUCACACAAAAUGACUUGUUGACCGGAGAAAGCAAUGAUAGAGGAUUUGCAUUGAAGCCAGAAGCAUCAAGUUGAAAUUAAAAAAUUGACUUGAUGAAUUUACUACAAUCACAAUUCUCUCCAAAUCUGUUUCGUUGACAGUACAAACUCAUUUAUAUCUUGGAUAUCCUAAGUAGAUUUGAGCUAAUUUGCAUUUUUCCGUUAACUAUUCCUUUUAAUAUUGUUAAAUCUGUUUUUCUCAAAAAAUAAAGAAAAACAAAUCUAAUUUAAUCAAAGUAAAAACAGAAAACAAUUUUGCCAGUGGGAUUAGUUCAUAUCACCAUUGGCAGAUAUUUUUUCACAAAAAAAACAUUUGAAAUAUGUAACUAGUGAAAUUUGCUUUUACCUGUAUAUCAAUAAUUUUUCAGUCAUUAAUAAUGGAAAACAACAUUUAACUAUACCAGUGAUCCUCAAAUCUGGCUCGCGAGAUCCACUUUCCUGCGAAGUUUAGCUCUAACCCUAAUCAAACACGCAUGGGUUUGCUAAUCAUUGUCUUCAGGAUCAUUAGAAAAUCACAGGCAGGUGUGUUUAAUUGGAGUCGGAACUAAACUCUGCAGGAAACUGGAUCUCGCGAGCCAGAUUUGAGGAUCACUAAACUAUACUAAGCAGGGGUGAUGUUGAACCCAUAUAGGAAGCAGUGUAGUAAAUUGACAUCUAGGAAAUGACACCUUUUGUGAUGUAAAACCAUGUCAAUGACUUAUUAUAUGAAACAUUUUCCCAAAAAAUAGUGACUACACAUAAAGUGUGUCAGAUUAUACUAUUAAGAAAUUAAAUCAAGCUUUGCAUCCAAAUACAGAAACUACAUCGGCCUCAUACAUUUCUAUUUCAGCCUCAUCAACAGAUAUGCAACCUUCAAAGACAAUUCAAUUACUUGUCUUAAUGUGUUAGACGUGAUGCUGCUUCAGCAACACAUCUACCUCAGUACUGCAACACUUCAUUAAUUCCCUGAAACCAGUGGUACAAGAUUUAGUUCACUGAAAGGAUGUACAUUAGCUUUUUUUUAUUUUUAAUAAAAGUUUAACAUGUGAAAAGGUUAAUACUGCUUUAUUAAACGAGAAUAUUAAUUAUUUCCUGGCCUUUUAUGACUAUUUACAGGAUAAUGCCAUGUCCAAUAAGACUUUGUUAUAGGGAGUCUUCUACCUUUUUCAGACUGAGAAUCCCUUUGUGGAGAAUGAACUGCUUUAAGUCUAACCUAUAAUAUAUAUUUGUUAUAUUUAUUAUGGUAUUCAUACAGAGCCUGGUAUAACAAAAUUGAGCAAGCUUAGCUUUGGCUCACAUUAAUAAUGCAUUUUAUUUAACAUGUUUCAGUUUGAGAUUUUCAGUUUUCAUUUCACCUGUAAAAAAUGUAACAAUUUGUUUAAUUACAAUUAUUCAGAAAUACUGAAUAAUACACAUCUGCUGUGAUUAAAAUUUUAAUAUUAA